AGAAACUCUCUCAGCAGAUACAACUAGCUCAGGAGAAACAGUCCUCAGCUCUUCUGAACAACUUCUUCUGCUGAGGCUCAGCUGAAGAGUCUCUGCUGUACAGACCGCUGAAGACUUCUACUAUUCCUCUUCUCUCUAUAGUCUAGCUUCUAGCUCUCCAGAAUCCGGCACCAUGCCUCCUCAGCUCCCCUCUCAGAACCAGAGCAGCCCACGGGUCCUGCAGGGCGACCUCAGCGCCCUCAGCCCGGCCCUGAAGGAGUUUGUGGAUGUGAACGUGAAUCUGUGUCAGCCUGACGCCCUGCACAUCUGUGACGGCUCCGAGGAGGAGAACCGGGCUAUCCUGACCCAGCUGGAGGAGCAGGGCAUGAUCAAGAAGCUCUGCAAAUACGAGAACUGCUGGUUGGCAAGGACCGACCCGAGGGACGUGGCUCGUGUGGAGAGUAAGACGGUGAUUGUGACCCAGGAGCAGAAGGACACAGUGCCCACCCCUGUGGACGGAGGGGUCAGCCAACUUGGACGCUGGAUGUCCCCUGAAGAGUUCGACAAAGCCGUGGCUCAAAGGUUCCCCGGCUGCAUGAAAGGUCGUACCAUGUAUGUGAUCCCCUUCAGCAUGGGUCCAGUGGGGUCCCCCCUCUCUAAGAUCGGAGUGGAGCUAACAGACUCCCCCUACGUGGUCGCCAGUAUGAGAGUGAUGACCCGCAUGGGGAAGUCGGUGUUGUCCGCUCUGGGGAGCGGCGAGUUUGUCCGCUGUCUGCACUCCGUCGGCUGUCCUCUGCCACUUAAAAAGCCCUUGGUGAACAACUGGCCGUGUAACCCCGAGCAGACGUUGAUCGCCCAUGUCCAGGACAGCAGGCAGAUUGUCUCAUUCGGCAGUGGUUAUGGAGGAAACUCCCUUCUGGGGAAGAAAUGCUUUGCUCUGCGCAUCGCAUCACGCAUUGCCAAGGAAGAGGGCUGGCUGGCCGAACACAUGCUGAUCCUAGGUGUCACCAACCCCGCAGGGCAGAAAAAGUACAUGGCAGCAGCCUUUCCAAGCGCCUGCGGGAAGACCAACCUGGCCAUGCUCAACCCCACGCUGCCCGGCUGGAAGGUGGAGUGUGUGGGAGAUGACAUCGCCUGGAUGAAGUUUGACGACCAAGGAAACCUACGUGCCAUCAACCCUGAGAAUGGCUUUUUUGGAGUUGCGCCCGGCACCUCAGCCAAAACCAACCCCAACGCCAUGGAGACCAUCAUCAAGAACACAGUGUUCACUAAUGUAGCAGAGACUAGCGAUGGUGGCGUGUACUGGGAGGGAAUGGACCAGGAAAUUCCUGAAGGAGUCACCAUCACUUCCUGGAAAAACAAGCCUUGGAGCUCAGAGGAUGGCGAACCUUGCGCUCAUCCCAACUCUCGUUUCUGCACUCCAGCUGGGCAGUGUCCCAUUAUCGACCCAAUGUGGGAAUCCCCGGAGGGAGUCCCCAUUGAGGCCAUCAUUUUCGGAGGACGUCGGCCAGAAGGUGUCCCUCUGGUAUACGAGGCUUUCAGCUGGCAGCACGGUGUUUUUGUUGGAGCAGCCAUGAGGUCAGAGGCCACCGCUGCAGCCGAACACAGAGGCAAGAUGAUCAUGCACGACCCCUUCGCCAUGCGCCCCUUCUUCGGCUACAAUUUCGGCCAGUACCUCUCUCACUGGCUGAGCAUGGCCGACCGCCCCGGUGCCAAGCUCCCCAAGAUCUUUCACGUCAACUGGUUCCGCAAGAGCCCCACCACCGGAUUCCUCUGGCCCGGUUUUGGUGACAACAUCCGCGUGCUGGACUGGAUGUUCAGGCGUCUGAAUGGCGAGGCCGGCGCCAUGCCCUCUGUCGUGGGCUACCUGCCCUGCUGCGAUUCCCUGAACCUCCAGGGCCUGAAGGAGGAGGUGGACCUCAACGAGCUGUUCUCCCUGGAUCAGGAGUUCUGGCAGAGGGAGGUGGCAGAUGUUAGGAAGUACUUCACCACGCAGGUGAACGACGACCUGCCCAACGAGGUGGCCCGGCAGCUGGAGCUCCUGGAGCAGAGGGUAAAGCAGAUGGAAUGAGGGGGGCUAGCACUUUAGCAAAUCCGGAGUAGCACAUUGGGAAUUCUACAACCCAAUUUUAUUAACUACAAAUUAGAAAUUCUAUAAUGACUUAUUACACAUUCCAGAUCAAACGUUUAUUUAUUCAAGACCUACAUAUCAUGCAGUCAUUCGAGUCUUACAACUUCAGGAAAAAAGGAACAGUUUGUGAUCAGAUAAUUGAUUUUAAUUUUAAAUGCUUUUGACUGUUUUUAAUGUUUUCGUAAGCUAGAAAUCUUCUAACCUUUCCCCCCAGCAGCAGUAACAGUGCACAGAAACAUUACAGUACAUCGAAUGUUGUAGACAGGAGACAGAAGGACUUGUUGAUAUGGGGAUGAUAGGGUAAAUUCUAUGAACUUGCAGAAAUUGUAGUGUACUCACUAUGCUAACAGCAUGAGAGAAUCAAGUGAAAUGUCUCCUCUCCAUUGAUUAAUUUGCUGAUUUAACAGCUCUAUGUUUUAAACUGUUGUUCUAAUGUAUUGCCCUACUGUAUUUCUGAAUUCUACUAUUUAAUAGUAACUUAUUAUGAGCGCGCACAUCACACUGUCAUUGCCAUGAGGACUUGUAUAGAGAAAUGAGUCCAUGUUAGCUCCAGUGUUGUUAAACCCUCUAACAAAGGGUAAAUGUAUGUUUUGUGUUCCUGUUUUAUUCUUAUUUUAUUUUUAUACACUGUUGGCUUAUUUUGGUUCUGUUUUGUUGCAAUCUUGAGACCCAAAGAAGUUAGAAGACAUUAAAAGUAUUGUCAAGUAUUAA